AUGAUAGAAAAAUCCAACGAGUUCAGUGUCCCUCUGUACCUUGCUUUUGUUGAUUAUAGCAAAGCAUUCGACAGCGUCAAACAUUCCGCUAUAUUUUCCGCCAUGCAGAAUCAGGGUAUAGAUCCGGCAUAUGUUGAGCUCGUUGGAACUAUUUACAAUAAUAGCACAGCUAGCAUUAAAUUGCACGCACCCGGUCCCGUAUUCAGCAUAGCGAAAGGCGUCAAACAGGGCGACCCGCUAUCUCCAAAAUUGUUCACCAGUUGUCUCCAAGAGAUAUUUCAAAAGCUGGCGGUCUCAUGGGAGACGAUGGGCAUUGAAGUUGGCGGCAAGAGAUUAACAAACCUGCGCUUUGCUGACGACAUAGUCCUCUUCUCCCACACGUCAUCACAUCUGCAACAAAUGCUGCAAGACCUCCGCACGGCGAGCCUUGAGAUUUUUACCGAUGGUUCCAGGGAGGAAACCGGUUCUGGCGCGGCUUUCUUCGACCCGCAGUUAGAAGUUAGUGCUAAAUUCAAAAUAAACGCCGAUAUAUCAAUAAUGCAUACUGAACUAAUUGCUAUUUCAGAAUCUUUAGCGUAUAUUUUAUCGGUGGACUAUAAUAAAUUUGUCAUCUUAUCUGACUCUAAAAGUGCCUUGUUACAUUUGGCUCGGUUAACCUCGAGAACUCGAGGUCUACCGAUAGCCUAUCAUAUCUUGGAAACCAUCGGUAAGAUUCAAGCUGCAAAUAAAAAAGUUGUGAUGCAGUGGGUAUCCUCACAUAUAGGCCUAACGGGUAACGAGGAAUCAGACCUCGCCGCUAAACUAGCCAUUAGUGAAGGAAAUGAAUACGAAUGUUUACCAGUGCACAAUGAGAUCCUGAGAGUAGCAAAAGAAAAGUGCCGUCUGCAGUGGAAGGAAUAUUAUGAUGAGCGGUCAUUAACACGUUCACUGCUAAGCUGCAUUUUGUGA